AUGAGUCACACCACCACGUGUCACACCAUCAAAAAUCACACCACCACGAAUCACACAGGCAAGAAUCAUACCGCCAGAGUCACACCAUCAAGUCACACAACCAUGAGUCACACAAUCAAGAGUCACAUCGCCACGAGUCACUGUCAAGAGUCACACCACUACAAGCCACGCAGUCAAGAGUCACACCACCAUGAGUCACGCAGUCAAGAGUCACACCACCAUGAGUCACGCAGUCAAGAGUCACACCACCAUGAGUCACCCAGUCAAGAGUCACACCACCAUGAGUCACGCAGUCAAGAAUCACAGCACCAUGAGUCACGCAGUCAAGAGUCACACCACCAUGAGUCACGCAGUCAAGAGUCACACCACCAUGAGUCACGCAGUCAAGAAUCACACCACCAUGAGUCACGCAGUCAAGAGUCACACCACCAUGAGUCACGCAGUCAAGAGUCACACCACCACGAGUCACAAAGCCGACUCACACAGUCAAGAGUCACGACGCCACAAGUCACACCAUCAAUCAUAUCGUCAAGACUCACACCACCACGAGUCACACAGUCAGGACUCACACCACCACGAGUCACACAGUCAAGACUCACACCACAACGAGUCACACAGUCAAGACUCACACCUCCACAAGUCACACAGUCAAGACUCACACCACCACGAGUCACACAGUCAAGACUCACACCUCCACGAGUCACACAGUCAAGACUCACACCUCCACGAGUCAUACAGUCAAGACUCACACCACCACGAGUCACACAGUCAAGACUCACACCACCACGAGUCACACAGUCAAGACUCACACCACCACGAGUCACACAGUCAAGACUCACACCACCACGAGUCACACAGUCAAGACUCACACCACCACAGUCACACAGUCAAUACUCACACCACCACGAGUCACACAGUCAAGACUCACACCACCACGAGUCACACAGUCAAGACUCACACAGUCAAGAGUCACACCACCACGAGUCACACAGUCAGGAGUCACACAGUCAAGAGUCACACAGUCAAGAGUCACACCUCCACGAGUCACAAAGUCAAGAGUCACACCGCUACGAGUCACACAGUCAAGAGUCACACAGUCAAGAGUCACACCUCCACGAGUCACACAGUCAAGAGUCACACAGUCAAGAGUCACACCUCCACGAGUCACACAGUCAAGAGUCACACAGUCAAGAGUCACACCUCCACGAGUCACACAGUCAAGAGUCACACAGUCAAGAGUCACACCUCCACGAGUCACACAGUCAAGAGUCACACCGCUACGAGUCACACAGUCAAGAGUCACACAGUCAAGAGUCACACCUCCACGAGUCACACAGUCAAGAGUCACACAGUCAAGAGUCACACCUCCACGAGUCACACCGCUACGAGUCACACCACCACGAGUCACACAGUCAAGACUCACACCACCACGAGUCACACAGUCAAGAGUCACACCUCCACGAGUCACGCAGUCAAGACUCACACCACCACGAGUCACACAGUCAAAACUCACACCACCACGAGUCACACAAUCAAGACUCACACCACCACGAGUCACACAGUCAAGACUCACACCACCACGAGUCACACAGUCAAGACUCACACCACCACGAGUCACACAGUCAAGACUCACACCACCACGAGUCACACAAUCAAGUCACACCACCACGAGUCACACAGUCAAGUCACACCACCAUGAGUCACACAAUCAAGAGUCACACUACCACGAGUCACACAGUCAAGAGUCACACCACCAUGAGUCACACAGUCAAGAGUCACACCACCAUGAGUCACGCAGUCAAGACUCACACCACCACGAGUCACACGGUCAAGAGUCACACCACCACGAGUCACGCAGUCAAUACUCACACCACCACGAGUCACAGAGUCGAGUCACAUUGUCAAGAGUCACACCACCACGAGUCACAGAGUCGAGUCACAUUAUCAAGAGUCACACCACCACGAAUCACAGAGUCGAGUCACAUUGUCAAGAGUCACACCACCACGAGUCACAGAGUCGAGUCACAUUGUCAAGAGUCACACCACCACGAGUCACAGAGUCGAGUCACAUUGUCAAGAGUUACACCACCACGAGUCACAGAGUCGAGUCACAUUGUCAAGAGUCACACCACCACGAGUCAAAUCAUCAGGAGUCAAACAACCACGAGUUACACCGUCAAGAGUCACACAACCACGUGUCAUACCAUCAGGAGUCACACCAUCAAGAUCCACACAGUCAAGAGUCACAUGACCACGAGUCACACCAUCAAGCGUCACAACACCAUGAGUCACACCGUCAGGAGUCACACCAUCAAAAAUCACACAGCCAAGAGUUACCCAGUCAAGAAUCAUAUACCUACGAGUCACACAACUAUGAGUCACACAGUCAAGAGUCACACUGUCAAGAGUCACACAGUCAAGAGUCACACUGUCAAGAGUCACACUUUCAAAAGUCACACUGUCAAGAGUCACAGUCAAGAGUCACACUGUCAAGAGUCACACAGUCAAGAGUCACACUGCCUAAAGUCACACUGUCAAGAGUCACACUGUCAAAAGUCAAACUGUCAAGAGUCACACUGUCAAGAGACACACUGUCAAGAGUCACACUGUCAAGAGUCACACUGUUAAGAGUCACACUGUCAAGAGACACAUCACCAAGAGUCACACCGCCAAGAGUCACACCUCUACGAGUUAUACCAUCUCAAGUCAGUUACUGUGAGUCACAGCAUCGUGAGUCACAUCACCAUGAAUCAUACAAUCAUGUGUCACA